AUGUACCUUGACCCAGGUGGAAAGGGACGAGAAAAGGAAACCCUCCAGGCCGUGGCUGACACUAACAAAGACAGGUCGAUGCUGUCAUGUGUAGGAACCGUAAGGGUUUGGCGGUAGGAUGUCUGAUCAUCAUCUCUGUCGCGUCAGGGAUCAUUGCUCUGAUACUCAGCCUGGUGGACAUCAGGGAUAUAUAUCUGCCAUCAAAUAACAAGUACGGCUUGGUGUUUGAUGCUGGAUCAUCCCAUACUUCACUUUAUGUCUACCAGUGGCCGGCACACAAGGAGAAUGACACAGGGGUUGUCAGUCAGAUCCAUAUGUGUGAGGUUCAAGGUUUGGGGCUUUCUUCAUACGCUGAUAACCCAGCUCAGGCGGGUGAGAUACUGAAGCCCUGUAUGGAUGAGGCGCUCUCCAUAAUCCCCACCGGACAGCACAAGGAGACCACCACCUCGCUGGGAGCAACGGCCGGGAUGAGGCUUCUGAACUUGCAGAACCACACCAAAAUUCAGCUCAUAAUGGACGAAGUCUCAAAAACUCUUAGCAAGUACCCAGUGACCUUUCACGGAGCCCGAAUACUGGACGGCAAGGAGGAGGGCUCCUUAGGCUGGAUCACAGUGAACUAUCUGCUGGGCACUUUUAUACAGUAUACCUACAUACAGAGCUGGAUACAUCCCAAGCAAGCAACAACGUUUGGGGCAAUGGACCUUGGAGGAGCCUCCACCCAAAUGACCUUCCAGCCCCAAGGUGGCAUUGAAGACAAAAACACGGAGAUGUUCUACAGACUAUAUGGUUAUGACUACACCAUCUACACCAACAGCUAUCUCUGCUACGGCCAAGACCAGGCGCUGAAGCAACUGCUUGCACACCUCAUAGAGAAACAAAGUUCAGAGACUGUCAGUCAUCCCUGCUACCCGCGAGGCUACACUGCCAACGUCUCCCUGGACUCCGUCUACAACAGUCCCUGUGUGACCAAAGCCCCCAGCAACUUGGGAUCCAGUGUCACUGUGGUGGGGACCGGGGACCCUUCCGAGUGCCAGUUGUCCAUCAGUCAAAUCUUCAACUUCUCAACCUGCACCAACAGAUCCUGUUCCUUUAAUGGGGUCUACCAGCCGCCUGUGUAUGGGCAGUUCUAUGCCUUCUCCGCUUUCUACUACACCUUCAGCUUCCUAAACCUGACCUGCGGCCAGUCCCUGAGUGUGACCAACAGCUCCGUCUGGCAAUACUGCUCCAGUAACUGGACCCAGCUUGACGCCGGUUUCCCCCUGGAGAAUAAGAAGCGCCUGUUGGAAUACUGCAGCUCCGCCAUGUAUAUACUCACCAUACUUCUGGACGGGUACAAGUUUGACAGCCAGACAUGGAACAAUAUACAUUUCGCUAAGCAGGCUGGCAAUUCUGACGUUGGCUGGACUCUAGGCUACAUGCUGAACUUGACCAAUCAGAUCCCGUCCGAGGCUCCCACUCUGCUCAAGGCCCACGGUUACAGCAUCUGGGUGUCGGCCAUCUUCUUCAUCGUACUAAGCGUGGCUGCGGGUCUGGUGGCCGCUCCCUUACACUGUUACUGCCGGAACACCUGCUCAGGGCAAGCGGAAUGGACAUGAGACCAGAACCAGUACCCCCGGGACGGAUGGCGGUAGCUUGUAGGACCAUUACUGAUCUAUAGGAACGCUUAAGAGACACCAAAUAAAUAUAAUUUAUACGAUACAUGGUUUGUGCUGAGAAUGCCUCCUGUGGACGCUGAGGUAACCUGUUUCUAUAUUCUCUAUAGCUAGAUUUUUUUCCCGUCUGAGACUUUUUAUUGUUUAUCAUGAACUUCUCUAGCUUUGGUCCAUAACUUUUCUGUUUAAAGGGGCCUGAUUCAGAGCCAGAGGCAGCAGCGGCGGACGCAGUGAGCAAUGUUUUCACCUACACAUGCAUCUGAGUCGCCCCUCGUCCAGAUCUUGUUCACACAGAGUCGUACACCAAAUGUAGAUGCGUGGUAUCAUAAAUGUGAGGGGCGUUCCUGGGCAGUGAUUGGGGGGUAACAGGGGGUUGGCUAAACGAGAUACACAGAGAUGUUGCAUCUUAUGGGACUGUGGCAGGUGUUACCGGCGGUUACAUAUACACACACACCGCCAUUUACAUUGGAGGCCAUACUCUGACAGAGAAACUGCACCUGCCAUAGGGUCCAAAGACGCAACAAGUAGGGUCCAAAGACGCAUCAGAUGGUAAUGAAACGUCUAUAGACAUAGACAGUGGGCAAAUCUGACCUUGCACAUUCGGACGCCCGGCCAUUUGCAUAAAGUUGUCGAUGGACGACCAAAUGGCGGCAUCUGCAUCUGCAAUAUGUUCAAGCAAUAAGUGAAGUGUUUGUGAAGAAAGUCCUUCUCCCAAAGCUAUAGGCAUCAAACAGAUGAUCAGAUUAUCUACUCUUGCUUCCUUUAAACUUGAAACAUUGGCGCAUCUCCAAAUCAUAGAUGCUGAACGCCCCUCGUUAGGAUCCUUAAUUGCCACCGGCAGCAUGUAAAAAAUGACACAAAUAACAUAACGCAAUACAUUUCAUAAAACUGUGCAAAUUAUAUGUAAUAAACUGCAAUAGAAAAUGUGAAUGGGCAUAUCACAUAAUAGAAAAAGCGUGUCCCCUUGGAAUAUAAUACACCCUGGAAGUGUAAUCGCACAUAAUAGUCCCCACACGGGAUUCUUGCCGCAGUCCACGAUUCAGCGCUGUUUCUGGAAUGGGGAUUCCUCUCCGCAAUGAUGCAAGGGUCUAGUAACUCUGUCUGCCCCGCGCCACGUCCACGCUGUUUGUAUUGCAUAUAUUUAUGUCCAUCUGCCACGAGACACAUCAUUGGAGAGGUGGUUACGCAGCGCUGAUGAGUAUCACCGUACCACACCCAGAUUGCCACACAAAAACGCCAGUCGCCAAUGGCUGCUCUAUUAUUGGUCGGCGGAUAAUGCUGCUGUCAUACAGUAACCACGUGCACCUACCCCCCCCCCCCCCCCCGCCCCAGGCGAUAUGAUUGUUAUUCCGCUACUUUAUGUAUAAAAUGUUCACCACUCCUCUUAGAGUGUAAGCUCAUUUGGGCAAGGCCUAUUUCAUGCCAUUGUAUGUACUUUAUCUGUAUCAUGAACCCCUCAGCGUACAUUGUUGCGCAAUAUGUUGUUUUAGAAAUAAACUGUAAUAAUAUUA